GGUACAGGAUUUCCAACAUGGCAGGCACUAAGUUGCUGCUAGAAGGAAGAGUGAGUGUCAAAUGCUUUCUUUUAGGACUCAGUGUGGUUUUGAUCCCGCUGAUAAGAACCAGCUUUGGGCACCUGGACUGGGUCUUCGAUUAUCUGACGGAAACUCCGGGGAAAAUAGCGAUUUGCAUGCACAUAGCAGUUGUCAACGGCCUCCUGCUAAUCACAUACAGAGCACCUCUGUACAAGAUUGCUGUCAGGGCCUGUUUUCUGGGAUUCACGUUUGGCUGUGGCCUAAUUAUCAGCUUCUCUGAAACCACGUGGACAUAUUUUGGCUGGUACAUGUGCUCGCUGUCGUUCUUCCAUUACUCUGAGUAUCUGGUCACCGCAGUCAUCAACCCUCGCAGUCUGUCGCUGGACUCCUUCCUUCUCAACCACAGUAUGGAGUACACACUGGCUGCUGUGUCAUCAUGGGUGGAGUUUACUGUGGAGAAGCUGACAGUUCCAGAGCUGAAGCAGCUGCACUGGCUGAGCUACCUGGGUUUGUUCAUGGUGCUGUGCGGUGAGGGCCUGCGCAAGGCGGCCAUGUUAACUGCCGGCUCCAACUUCAACCACAUCGUGCAGAAUGAGAAGGCCCGGAGCCACGUGCUGGUCACUGACGGUGUCUACGCGUACUUCAGACAUCCCUCCUACGUGGGCUGGUUCUACUGGAGCAUAGGAACACAGAUCCUGCUGUGUAACCCAGUGUGUACGCUGGGCUACACGAUAGCCAGCUGGCGGUUCUUCCGAGAGCGGAUCGAGGAGGAGGAGGUCUCCCUCAUCAAUUUCUUUGCUGAGGACUAUGUGCAGUACAAAAAGAAGGUUUCCACUGGGCUUCCCUUCAUCUCAGGCAUCCGCGUCAACUAGCACACCGAGAGCUGGAUGCCCGAUGUAACAGACUUCCUGAAGUACAACAGGUCAGACCUGGUGGUUGUGCGGUGUCUGCCGUGACCACUGCCCUCCAGAGGGGAAACCCUGCAGCUGGCUGAGAGCCUGUAGCUCACAGAAAAGACCGUGACCGUUGGGUGCGAGGCGGGCAGCUGGGCUGCUGUUUUUUUCUACCAACCUCCAAAAUCCCGUUAAAGACCAGAGAACCUCCACUGUACUAGAUGUAUUCCAGUUACACUCACUGUAUCCGUUAAAUUUGUGUUUAUGUUUGCAUGCUUUACGCACAUGCAUAGUGUCCUCAUUGUUGUGCUCAAAGUUGAUUUGUCCACUGGGCUAUUAGGAGACGUUUAAAAGGAAAAGGAUUGAGAAUCACAAGACGUAUUGAUCCAGAGUUAUUUUCUUUAGGCUCAUCUAUAUCUUUCAACAACUAUCUGGAGUUGGGUCAAAGUGCACUAUCCCUAAACCUUUUGUAUAUUUCUGCUCAACAAAAGUGGAUUGUUCACCACCUCGUAAACACGUUUGAUAGUAGGAGUUAUUUAUCACAGGUGGUUUCUUUAGUCUUUAAAUCGACCAUAGUACCUUCUACUGUAUACCAAAGUUUUACUUGGGUACAUUUGCUCAACACGGCGUCUGUAUGCUGCAGUUUUCUGAGUGCACAUUGAGACGUUCAUGUGUAGAAGAAAAGGGUUUGUAGAAAGUCCUAACACAGUUCUAUUUCCACAUCGACCCUCCUUCGUUUACACACACACAUAGUCCAGUGGUCAUAAAUCCUGUCUGUGUAGAAGCUGAUGUUUUGGGUGUGAUGGCGUUCAUUAUCCAGGCUUUGUCAUUUAUGUAUCUUUAUCGCAAUAUACUCAAACACAUGUCACAUCACAGGAACAUAGGAAACAUCAACGCAUUAUGCUACAUUUUUUUUUGCUGCUUCAUUUAAAAAGAAAUACUGCACUUCUCUGUCAUGACUAUUCAAUUACAUGUGUCUGUCUGAUCAUUUUAGUCAUAUAUAACUCCACUUAAGUGUUUCUGAAAUACUUAAUCACGUAAUUGGUUGAGCUCUUCGUGUCAGGUUUGCCAUCAGUUAACAGUAUCUUCCAACACUUAGAGCAGAACUUAAAAAAAGUAAAAUGAUGGUUUACACACUGAUCAUUAGUGUUCAUUUCUAUGCAGAUGAGACUAAAGGUUUUGAAGUUAUCUUUUGACAAUUCCUGUGGAUUUUCAUAUCACAGUGUAUAUUACAGAAUACUUUAUAUCAAAAUGUCUGUUUGUUUUGUUUUUCUCGACUGUAAUCCAGGCUCCCUGUGCCACAUGUGUUACGUCAGCUGCCCACUUCCUCACCGUACGAUAAGAAGGCUCACCCUCCUCCUGGUGUCGCCACCUUACUCUCGUCCUCAUGGGCCUUUAGGUGACAUCCACACUUCUCUGUUUUUGUUUAAGAACCUCUGUUUAAGAACCUGGCAUCUCUCACUACAGCACUAAAAUUGGAGAAGGUUAAAAAUACUGCAGGCUUAGUUUGGUUUCAAAAACACUGAUGCUGUUUAGUCUGGGUGGUCAUGAACGGAGGCUUUUGGAUAAAAUGAUGAAGUUACUUGUAUUGAAUGGUUCUUAUUGGCCAUGACUAGACUUACAGCUGAGAACGAAAAGCUCAGUUAACACUUUUACUUUGUUGUUGUCUCAACAAAAGAUCAAUUUUCACCUUUGCUUCUCAUAAGUUGUACUUUCUGACACAAAGCAAACAACUACUGAGGGGAGAAUCAGCUUCUAGUCCAUCUAAAGGGUGAUAAACACUUCUAGGUAUUUUAAUAUGGAUGCAGAUUAUUGAGCUGACGAUGCAUUGGUGGAUACCAUCACUUCACUGUCUGUGUUAAAGUGUAGAGUCUGCUCACUGCUGCUAAUCAUAACACUCAGGACUAACUCGACACCAGAAGGCACGAGAAAUAUUCAACCUGUUCAUCAUAAUGCAAGUCUUACUUUGACCAGUGGCACAAUCUGCUGAAAGCUGUAUUUGUGUAAAGCAGUCAGAGAGGCUCAGUGAGUGAGUGAGUGUGUGAAUGAGUGUGGGAGUGUGACACCUGUAGCAAACAUGAACCUGCUCUGUGGGGGAUUAGAUAAUGUUUAAACGACUCUAUGGGACAAUGAGUCGACCGACGCAGCAUGUCACCUGAGUUCACUUCUGAAAUCUGUUGCACUUUCAUCGUGUGUGGAGUACUAUUUAUUUAUCAUAGUCCUGCAUUAAACGGUUUGUUACUCUGACAGAAAACUGUACAGAUUUUCUCAACAUCACUUGUGUGAAUUAAAAACAAGGCAGUUAUUAUUAA